AUGGGGCUGACAGUGGUGGUGGCAGGGCUGCUGUGUGUCCUGCUGAGUCUCUCCAGAGCUGGAGCCUGGGACUUUCAGCCCUGUGCCCCUUGGUGCCCUCCUAACUCAGAAUGUGUCAACGCCACUGCCUGUCGCUGCAAGCCGGGGUUUGCCUCUUCGUCUGUAGAGGUCUUCACCAACUUCCUGGACACCUGUCAUGCCUGUGCCCCUUGGUGCCCUCCUAACUCAGAAUGUGUCAACGCCACUGCCUGUCGCUGCAAGCCGGGGUUUGCCUCUUCAUCUGUAGAGGUCUUCACCAACCACCUGGUCACCUGUCAUGAUAUGGACGAGUGCAGCUCCGGGCAGCAUAAGUGCCACCGCUCCACCACCUGCACCAACACCUGGGGGAGUUACUUGUGCCAAUGCCGCCCAGGCUGGGAGCCGAUUCCUGGGAGUGUCAAUGGCUUCUACAGCAAGUUCUGCAAAGUCAUGCCCUUCUUCACCUGGCCUCUGCCCCCUGGAGUCCACAGCCAGAGUCUCUCCCACUUCUUUGACAAAGUCAACAAUCUGCACAGGGAUUUAAAGUCAGCCAUGGCCAAGGACACCAUCCAGGGGAUAAUGCAGGAGGUGGAUGAGCUGCUGGAGACCCCUGGGGACCUGGAGACCCUGCCCCCCUCACAGAAGCACUGCGUGGCCACUCACGUGCUGACAGGUCUGGAGAGUGCCCUGAGACACCUGAGCAGGGGUCUGCCUGAGGGGACAGCAACCUUCAAUUAUUCUGCAGGCACACAACUGUCCAUAGAGGUGCAGAAGCGACCAGAUGGCAAUGUCACCUUGAGUCUGAAUCAGGCAAAGAUGCAGCUGAACUGGAAUCUGGCACAGGAAUCUGCUCACAGAGGCCCUUCUGUGGUGGGCUUGGUCUCCACCCCAGGGAUGGACAAGCUGCUGGCCGAGGCUCCCCUGGUCCUGGAGCCUGAGAAGCAGGUGGCUCCCCAUGGGACACACAAGGACUUUCUGCCAAGAGUCUCUCCUGUCCUGCUCUCAGAUGUCAUCUCAGCCUUUUUGAGCAGCAACAACACCCAGAACCUCAGCUCGCCAGUUACCUUCACCUUCUCCCAUCCUCUGGUGACACCUACACCAAGGCACAAGGUGCUCUGUGUCUCCUGGGACCACAGCCAGAAUGGGAGUCACUGGACCACUGCAGGCUGCAGGACAGUGAGCACCAGAGGUGGCUGCACCACCUGCCACUGUACCCACCUCAGCAGCUUUGCCGUCCUCAUGGCCCACUACCAUGUGCAGGACGACGACCCUGUGCUGGACUUCAUCACGUGCUUGGGACUGGGCGUGUCGCUGCUGUGCCUGGUCCUGGCCGCCCUCACCUUCCUCCUGUGCAGAGCCAUCCAGAACACCAGCACCUCCCUGCACCUGCAGCUCUCGCUCUGCCUCCUGCUGGCCCACCUGCUGUUCCUCACGGCCAUCGACAGAACCCAGCCCAAG